AUGGCAACAGAACCUACUACUUCUCCAACCUCUUUACCACCACCUUUGCCUUCGGUUUCUAUAGAACCAUCAGUCUGUCAAAUUUGUAAGCAAUCUAUGAGUGAGGGACAGUCCUGUUUAAUUAUAAAUGAAUGCAGUCAUGCCUUUCACAGGUCAUGCAUAGAAACUCAUUUAGCCACGACAUCUGAGUGUCCCAUUUGUAAACGCCAUUGCCAAUUGUCGGAAUUAAAGAAACUAGUGAUUCAUCUCAGAGGUAGUUUAGCGAAACCUACUUUUCCAAAGCCACGCGGUGCUAUGGCAAAGCACUAUAAUACAAGGAGUGCGAGUAGAAAUGUAGGUCAAAAUCCUUCUGAUGUCAGUUUUAUUAUGGAACCAAAUGAAGACCCAAUGCCAUCAUCUGUGACCAAUACACCUAAUCCAACAAUUGACCCUCUGAAUGAAUAG